AUGCGUCGAAUUCUGGUGGCAAUUGGUUCCAUACAGACGCCCACGGAACCUAAAGGACAUGGUGGAGUAUGUCCAUCCAACCUUCCCCCCGUGAUAAAGUCAGAGUUUAAACAAGAGUAUUUCUUGCCUCGUUUUCAUUCUUCUCCUUUGACUCUACUAUGUAGUGCUCACAACGGUGAAAUCACGUAUAGUUGGUUUAAAAAUUACAUGAAAUUCAACAACAAUGGGCGUAUUGUAGUGAACAAGAAAACUGGAGCAAUCUUCUUCCAAAAUCUCGCACAGAGUGAUUUUGGAGAAUACUAUUGUUUGGCAGAAAAUAAAUAUGGAACUUCGGUAUCCUUGUUUGUUAAAAUCUCUGAAGCAAUUCUUGAUAAAUUUCCUACGAAGACGCUGACACAAACUUGUGAGGAACAUCAUCAUUGUCAGCUGAAUUGUAUGGAUAAACCUAGAUGUGAGCCGAGAGAAUCGUGUGAUAUAGAAUGGAAAUAUGGCAUAGGGACAUCGAAUACUGUAUCCAUAGGAAAUGAAACAGCAGUGGACAGUGAAGGGAAUCUUCAUUUCCUAAGCAUAAGUAAAUCUGAUGGCGGCAAAACAUAUGCCUGUGGAAUUUGGAACGAACGCAAAAAGACGCUUGUUACUGGGGAGUCAAUAAACCUCCAAGUAUAUGAUUCCAGGACUGAAACCAUUCCUGUUCAUGCAGUAUAUCAAAGUAAAUAUAAGGCAUUUGCUGGUAAACUCGGAAUACUGAAGUGUAUUUUCUCUGGAAGUCCAGUUCCUGUUAUAAAAUGGAAAAACAAGAAUGGUUCCAGCAUAGAAAGUAAUCAAAAGUAUAUCAUUAAAGAAAAUGGUAGACAACUACAGAUAAUGAACCUUACCUUUGACGACGAGGGUCAAUAUCAAUGUAUAGCCCAUGACAACAUUACCCAGAAUCCAUUCCUUAAUGUAACUUCCCCUCCAAAAUUUGUUGAAAACAAUAGACGUUUCUUGACUAAGAUUGCAGAGAACUCUUCUAGUGACGUAAUUAUUUUAUCAUGCGAUGCUGUUUCUGCGCCAGGGGAAGCAUAUCCAGUAGUGACCAGAUGGAUGAAAAACGGCAACGUUCUCAACUCCUAUCAAGAUUUUGUAAUUCAGCUGUCUGGUAACGGUAGGAUAUUACAAAUACACAAAACAAAAUUGGGAUAUGGAGGAAGUUACCAGUGUGUAGUAGAAAACAGCGAGGGCGUUGCAGUGGCGAACUUUCUUGUACGCAAUACACCUUUUGAGUAUGAACGUCAUUGGGUGGUUAAAAACAGAACAAUAAUAAUAGUGACUAUUUUUUCAACAUUGGGUGCUGUUAUGCUAGUAAUGCUGGGUUUCGUGAUCAGAAAAAGGUGUUCUGGUAUUCCACGAUACUUAACUUCCAGAAGGAGAUCCAGGACAAGACAUGUUUAUGACGUCAUCACGGCGAUCUAGAUGUGAUAAGGA